AUGGCGGUUGCUCCAGUAGCUUAUGCCCAUGCCAAACCCGUUUUGGUAAAACAUGAUGUCCACUACGAUGAUCAUCCUCAAUACAACUACAACUACGAUGUAAAUGAUGAGCAUACCGGUGAUGUCCACAGUCAAACCGAAGAACGAGAUGGUGAUGUUGUUCGUGGUGAAUACUCGUUGAUCGAUGCUGAUGGCUUUAGACGUGUCGUCCAAUAUACCGUUGAUCCUCACAGUGGCUUCAAUGCCGUCGUUAAUCGUUAUCCCUUGGACCAUGUGAAGACUGUUGUGAAACAAGUAGCUCCAGUUACUUUGGUCAAACAAUACCCACAACCACAAGCUUAUCAUCAACACCAUUAA